AAACACCAUUGAUACAAUGAUGAACGUGCUCAUCGAUACUGAGAGUGGCUCAACGUUCUCCAUUAAUGUUGAUUUCUGGGAAACAGUGUUAACGAUAAAAGAAAAGAUCGAGAAGUCUCAAGGUAUCCCUGUUGCAAAACAAACCCUUUACUUCCAAGGCAAGGUUCUUCAAGAUCAUGUUGAUAAGUUUGAUUGCCAGCUCCUCUUCGACUCUCGUCUCCUUCUCUCCAUCUCUCCCGAGGAUAACCCUAAUCAGAACAACGAUCACAUGCUUAUAAAUUCAGCGACAGGCAAAAAGAUCACGAAGGUGAUGACAAGGAGAAUCAUCAAUGAAUUUUCAUCACGACCGGCAUAUUCACUUGUUGAGUUACUUGCCCCUCAAGAUUCGCCAACUGUGACGGUUGGGAAGCAAGUAGUUCAAACCACUGAGCAAUCUCCACCGUCAGACUCAGCCAAAGAGGUCCUUCCUGUGGAAAUGAAGAUCAACCCCAAUCCGAUGAAACUGACAGUAUAUGUGAAGCCAUAUGAAGAUGAUCCCAGGAUCAUUCAAGUAGAGGUUAACGCAGAUGAUAACGUUGAAGAGCUGAGGAAAGAGCUGGUUAAGAUGCAAGAGAGGGGUGAGUUAAAUCUACCUCAAGAAAGGUUUUACUUAGUAGAAAAUGCGUUACCAUUGACCGAAUCUAAGUCAUUCGAGUGGAACCUUGUUGUUGACGGCGAUAGAGUUGAGAUUAUCAGCGAGCUAUCAUCAUCUUUUAUUUCCUUUUAGUCUUUAUUCGAGUUUUCUUGCUUUGUUCAAAGUUCAUAGCUUUCUGCAAAUAUGCUAAGACAUGUAAUUACCAAUGAAAGAAGAGAAACGAGUUCUUGUUUAGUUACAUCUUUUCGAAAUUAGCGAUAAAGAUUCACUUUUCAU